UUCCACGCACACACCAGCACGCACGUUCAUUCCGGCCGGUCGCUAUAUAGUCUCCGUCGUCGUCGUUGCCGAGUUUACGACGCCGUUGUUAUUAGGAAAUAUUGUGUUUUCGUUUACGAUUUAUCAGUUUUCCGAAGAGUGUCCCCAGUGCCUUUCCCGUCGAUACGCUAUAUUAUCAUCGUUGGAUUUUUACCGGUCGAAGCGAAUCCCAUACCCCCAAUGUUCCUCGUUUGUUUACAUUACGAAUCAUUACUAAUAAUAACAAAUAUUAAUUAUACAACACAAUAAUAAUAUAUUGGUACGUUUGUGUUAGUGGUUAUUUGUUGUGUGUUCGCGUUGCUGUUAAGUUUUUUUGAAAAGCUAUGCCGAGUGCCGAAAACGUCACCGCAUGUACUACAAGAGGAUUACGCUGGUAAUAUCGCCCUGGAAAGAGAUAUCGCGACCCACACUACAGGCGUAUUGACUUGGCUGUGGAUCAUUACACCAGUAGAACAGAUGACUAUGGCGUCGUCAGAGGUAUAACAAGGAGUAUGGGAAGAGAGGCAUGGGCCUACGGCUGGACCAGAGACUAUUUAGCAAAGUCACGGUAGUCUUCGCAGCUCUCGUUCUCUCGCUGUUCAACAGGGUCCUAGUCUCAACUACCGGGUCGACGUUCAACGAUGCUGUUCACAUCACGGCCAUCGUGGGCGAAUCAGUUGUGUUCAACUGCCAAGUGGAGUUCCCAGCCGAACACCCCGUGCCUUACGUUUUACAGUGGGAGAAAAAAGGUCUUGACAUACCGAUAUUCAUUUGGUAUGACAACUAUCCCACUCACAGCGGUUCGGGAUAUGAAGGCCGAGUGUCUAGAGUCUCCCAGGACUCUCCAUACGGUCUCGCUUCGCUCAACUUGACCAAUAUACAAGAGUCGGACCAAGGUUGGUACGCCUGUAAAGUGGUGUUUCUCAACCGGUCACCAACUAAUAAAAACGGCACGUGGUUUAAUCUAGACGUCCACGCUCCUCCGAAAUUUGUCACCACCCCCGGUGAAGUCCAAUACAUAAAUGUCGGAGAUUCGAUUAUUCUAAACUGUCAGGCUGAGGGGACACCUACACCCGAAAUCGUAUGGUUCAAAGACGCCACAGAUGUACAGCCUACGACCACUGUGGGCAUAUUCAAUGAUGGCACUGAACUGAGGAUAUCUAACAUCCGAACUGAGGACAUCGGGGAUUAUACGUGCAUCGCCAGAAAUGGCGAAGGACAAAUUAGCCAUACGGCUAGGGUUUUGAUAGCGGGGGGAGCUGUAAUUAUGUCGCCUCCAACUAACCAGACGAAAUUGGAAGGCGAAAAAGUCGAAUUCCUGUGUGGUGCGAAGGCCAUGCCUGGUAAUGUCACUGUCCGGUGGUCCCGCGACGGAGCUUUCGUGAAGUCGAUUUCAUCGCUGGAAACCAGAGUGACCAUCAAAAAAGACGGUUCCAUGGUUAUAAAUCCCGUCAGUGCUGACGAUUCGGGUCAAUAUCUGUGCGAAGUCAGCAACGGCAUUGGUGACCCUCAAUCUGCAUCAGCCUAUUUGAAUGUUGAAUAUCCAGCUAAAGUUACAUUCACACCGACCGUACAGUAUUUACCGUUCAGAUUAGCCGGCGUUGUUCAAUGUUACAUUAAAGCCAACCCACCUUUACAAUACGUCACAUGGACCAAAGACAAACGUCUUCUCGAGCCUUACCAACAAAAAGACGUCGUUAUCAUGAACAACGGUUCGCUGUUAUUUACCAGGGUCAAUCAAAACCACCAGGGCAGAUACACUUGUACACCCUACAACGCACAGGGUACUCAAGGAUCAUCCGGACAAAUGGAAGUGUUGGUGAGGAAACCGCCAACUUUCACUGUUGAACCGGAGAACAUGUACCAACGCAAAAUCAGCGAAUCGGUGGAAAUGCAUUGUGAUGCACAAGAAGCUGAAGGCACUCAAAAACCGAAAAUUCAGUGGCAAAGAAGAGAUGGCGCCCCGUUGCCCAAAGGUCGUCAUAGCAUACACGGUGGUAAUAUCACAAUAGAAAACCUCAGAAAAACAGAUUUCGGAUAUUAUCAUUGUGUCGCGAGUAACGAAGUAGCCACAAUAGUUACGACCACUCAUUUGGUCGUCGAAGGCACUCAACCGCACGCCCCUUACAACGUCUCGGCAAAUGCUUCCGAGACGACCGUUACACUACAGUGGCUACCUGGUUAUAGCGGCGGUCCCGAUUACAAACAGGACUACACAAUUUGGUACAAAGAACCAGGGAUGGCGGACUGGUCUACAAUACCUGUUACUCCGUCGGGGAGCACCCAAGUCACCAUAAACAGACUAACUCCGGACACGACGUACGAGUUUCAAGUAGUAGGCAAGAAUGCGUUAGGCGAUGGAAUGCUUAGCAAAGUUAUUUCGAUCAGGACACUGGCAGCCGUACCAUUAACCGUGGCCAAAAAAACAAGUCCCGCGCCACCGGUCACCGAGUUACCUCCUCCCCCGAGCGACGACGUUGUCGACUAUAGUGACCUCAUUUUACCCACUGAAUCCUCUGGUGCUACAAUGUACCCACCAGUAUUCAGACCAAAAGGGCCAAAACCCGGACCACCGAGAAACGUAACCAUCGCCGAAGUCAAAAAUGGCUUCGUCAUAUCUUGGCAAGCUCCGUUAGAAAGAGCUCAUCUAGUCCGUUAUUACGUCAUCAACUAUAAGACAGAUGGGGUUUGGAGAACUUUGAACAAGGCACAAAUCAGAGCAGAGGAUACUCAUUAUUUGGUGAAAAGUCUAGUGGGAGGUCGUACCUAUUAUUUCCGAGUGGUCGCGUACUCUUUGAAGAGUUUUGAAAACAGCGAAGAAAUCAAAUUCCCCGUACCCGCCAGGGUGAAACACAAGGCCAUCACGGCGGGUGUCGUUGGCGGGCUGUUGUUCUUCGUCGUCGCCAUAAUAUUGUCCGUGUGCGCAGUAAAGAUCUGCAACAAGAGGAAACGGAGAAAACACGAAAAAGCUUACAACAUGGUCGCGUGUAGAAUUACGGACGCCAGAAAUGGCGGCCAAAUACCGGGGACUAGUCAAGUGCCUUUAAAAAAGCUCGCGGACACUCGUACUUACCGAGACUAUAGACUCGAAUUGUCCUAGCCGAUAGCGAAAUCCAUCUAGAUCAACCCGAAUAUCAAGUCUGAGCAGCGGAUGCAACGUCGUUCUUAACAUGGUGGCGCGGCCGUCCCGCUCGAGUUCGUU